GCAGUUUUAAAUAAAAAGACAAUAAUAAAACUUGUACAUUAGAUCUGCAUUUCUGCUACUUAUAUUAAUCUAGUUUUUUUUUUAAUAAGUUGGAUAAUAAAGUACGAUUGUGUCCUGUCGUUAGCAAAAUGGCUUCCACAAGGGGUUGAGAAAACAACCAGAAUCUAAAAGUAAACAAUAAUUAUAGAAUUAGAAUUCUGUAGUGAAAAUGACUUCUACAACCGAUGAACGUUCAGUUUAUGCUAAAUUAGAAGCCGUCAAAGAGAUUCGGGCUAAAACAAUACAACUCGAGAAAAUAAAAAAUCGUCUUAUACUUGAAAUUGAGUCUCAAGAUCAAGAGGAGAAAUGUCUUUCAGAAUACAAACAAGAAAUGGAAUUGUUAUUACAAGAAAAAAUGUCACAUGUCGAAGAAUUGAGGCAGAUACAUGCAGAUAUAAAUGCUAUGGAAGGAGUAAUUAAGCAGUCAGAAGAGAGCAGGACUAGGUCUUUAAAUUAUGCUGUUAGAUUACAUGAGGAUUAUGUCCCACUUAAGAAUGAAAUAGACAGAUUAAGAAGGGAAUGUUUAGGUUUAGAUCCUCUGCCUGAGCUUCACGAAGAGGAAGGCUCAGCUAUAACACCAGAGCGAUUUUCUCAGCUUUACAAUUCAAACAAAACCCAAUCACAAAGUUACAACAAAUCUAGUGAUUGGACUAGACCAAUAGCCCCCAAUGAAAGUUCAACUAGCUCCUUGGCACCUCCUUUACCACCAACAUUUUUACCGCCACCAAAUCCCCUACGUUUAGUCACAAACAAACCAGAACCUGGACGCCCUGGAAGCUUGGCUCCUUCGCCUCACACAGGACCCACUCCUACAUUCAGGUCGGACAUUAAUCUGAGGCAACAACCACCUCCUAUGAAGUCGUGUUUGAGCUGCCAUCAACAGAUUCACAGAAAUGCACCAAUUUGCCCUUUGUGCAAGGCAAAAUCUAGGUCUAGGAAUCCAAAAAAACCAAAAAAGAAAGAUCAUUAGAGAUUUAGCUGCAGUUUAUUUUGUGUGUUGUAGAGAUGAGUAGUAGAGUAGGCGUAAUAAGUGUUUUAUGUUGCAGGAUUAUUUCAAUUUUUAAUUACUGUAAAGAAAAAACUUCUGGUAACUGUUUUUCUUGGAAUAAUGACUAUUUUUAAGAUUAUUGAUUACAAUAAAAGUACUUUGUUGUGUAA